GAGAGAGAGAGACAGUGAGUACCGCCACCUUUCUUUGGUUCGCCGAGUAGCGUAGGGCGCGAGGCACGCGGCAGGUGGUCCUACGACGCACCAUGAGCAAGCUGUUGGUCAUCGCCGCGCUGGUCGCGCUCCUGGCGCUCAGCGCCGAAAGCUUCCGUGUGCCGAGGGAAGCCGAAGAGGAGCCGGGCCCCCUGGCCUCGAUCACAGACACCGUGAAGUCCUACUUCAACCGCUCCGUUAGCACCGUCAGCAGCUGCGUGGAGAGCAUCAAGGGCCUCAAGCUGGAGGAGAAGGCCCAGAACAUUUAUGACGACACCGUCAAGGCCGUAGGCACCUACGCCGGUAUUGUGCAGGACCAGCUUUACCACAUCUUCUACCCCCAGCAGUAAACGGAAAAGAGAACUGUCGCCGGAACCCGUCUUCCAGUGUCUUAAACAGUAGCAGUCGACCCCGGCGGCAAGAUCUCGGCGUCUCAACCAACAAAACUUUGGCCGUCCCCUUUCUUUUUUUUUUUUAGGCCUGAGGCGAACCACAGCACCGAACCCCACGUUCCUUUGGGGACUGACCGC